AUUUACCACUCAAACCCUCAAGUGCCAACAAUAUCAACGAUGCCAUGCACCUGUGUGGGCCUCUUAAGCCUCGUCAUGUCGGUGGUUGCCGUCGUCUUCUCCACCACAGCCGCCGGCUUGCCACUCUGGUCCAUGCUUGGUGUGUCGCCCAAGCGUGAAAUCGCCGCCGCAAGCUUUACAGCUGGUGUAUGGGGUUAUUGUACAGAGCUGUCAUAUGCCAACACAGGCACAACGACGGCGUCGUUGCAAACUACCGGUCCACUCUCUGGAACCCAUGGCCAAUGCUACCUCUACUAUACGUCGAACACCAAGGUGCGCGUGAAUCUGAACAACGACCUGAACAACACGAUCGUUCUCCCCAACCAAGGUAUCUGCGCUACGUUCAGCCAAGACAACAGCAGCAGUGCCCCGCGUUUAUUUUCGACCGUCGAAGGCAUCGAUCAAGCCGUCUUCGACGACUUUCUGACCAAAACCUGCGGAGUCAAAGGCAAGGUCACGUUGGCGUUCUCGAUGAUGAGUCCUGUGUUUGGCAUCAUGGGAACUCUCAUGAUCGCCCUUGGCGUGUGCUGUUCCAAGAACCGGUCGUGUCUGGUGUCUUUUGCACUGUUCAUGACGCUUCUCGCCGGCGUGUGGUCGCUUAUCGUGUGCAUCGUGUGGAGCCAGCAACAACCAAGUGGCAACGGCUUGAACUUUGCCUUGUCGUAUUACUUGGAGAUAGCCGCGCUCGUGUCGUAUGCGAUUGCAGUGUUCUUCGUGGCCGUGCACAUGACCCAAGGCACGUCGCACGGAAAGGCCAAGUCGUCGCAAGGUGGCACUGCAAAGUUGCAAGAAGCGUUGGAGAAGCACAAGAAGGUUGCCGCCGCUGGCAAGCAACCCACCCGGUUGGUAUAACCGCCUCCGUCAUCGGAGCCAUCGAUUCAUUUGAGUUAACUUCCAACACACGCACACUUUGAUCUUA